AUGGGGAUAGUGCCAUGUUCCUUGGCAUGUCGCACAGACAGCAUCGAAUCCCAAUCAAACUCAAACCACCAUCUCGACUCGGAGUCAAGCUCUCUCUCAUCUCAACCCAGUCUACCUUCUGUUCCUUCCCUCACCUCACAAGCCACACUACAACAACAACAACAACUGCAGCACCAAGCCACUACUUCUACUCCUCCAACAAGCUACCACUGCAUCUCAACAUUCAAAGGCCACUCCUCCCACGUCUUUUCCCUCUCCCUCGCCGGCAAAUUCCUCUACACCGGCUCCUCCGACCGUGAAAUUCGUGCCUGGCACCGCCACCCACCUCUUAUUCCCAAUUCCAACUCCUCUUCAUCCUCUUCCUCCUCCUCCUCCUCCUCCUCCUCCACCUCCACGAUUUCUACCUCGAACAAUCAAAACAUCGUCGCCAUCGUCAAGGGCGCCAUCAAGUCCCUCGUCGUCUCCGGAGACAAACUUUUCAGCGCUCACCAAGAUCAUAAGAUCCGCGUCUGGAGUAUCGAUAACAACAUCGACGACGACAAUAACUCCCACCGCAGCAAGUACAAGCGAUUAGCUACUCUACCCACGCUCACCGACCGUGUCCUUCGGUUCCUCCCAUCCAAGAACCACAUCCAGGUCCGCCGCCACAAGAAAUGCACAUGGGUCCAUCACGUCGACACCAUCUCCGCCCUAGCCCUCUCUCCUGACGCCUCCCUUCUCUACUCUGUCUCCUGGGAUCGAACCAUCAAAAUCUGGCGAACUUCCGAUUUCAAAUGCCUGGAAUCCAUUAGUAACGCCCACGACGAUGCCAUCAAUGCCUUAGCCCUAUCCAACGACGGUCACAUGUACACGGGCUCCGCCGAUACCAAGAUUAAGGUCUGGAGAAAGCUCCCUGGUGACAAGAAGCAUUCUCUUGUAUCCACUCUUGAGAGACACAAAUCCGCCGUUAAUGCUUUGGCUCUUACAACUGAUGGGUCUGUGCUAUACUCCGGCGCCUGCGAUAGAUCGAUCGUGGUUUGGGAGAAGGACAGCAGCGCCGCCGCCACCGGAGGAGAAGGUGGGCACAUGGUCGUAGUUGGGGCGCUAAGGGGACACACAAAGGCCAUUCUCUGUCUGGCAGUGGUUUCCGAUUUGCUGUGCAGUGGAUCGGCCGACAAGACUGUCAGGGUUUGGAGGAGAGGAAUUGAGAAGAGUUACAGCUGUUUGGCGGUUUUGGAAGGACACAGAGGACCCGUAAAGUGUCUCACUGCGGCCAUUGAUGGUUAUGAUUCCUUGAACAAAAGCUCUUCUUAUCUGCUUUACAGUGGCAGUUUGGAUUGUGACAUCAGGGUUUGGCAGAUUAUGGUUCCUUUUCAGUGAAGGGUCCGUUUGUUUGGUCUCAACUUUCAAGUUGCAGGUUUUUAAUUU